UUUAAUAUCGUGCUUUGUGAUUGGUUGAUAUGAAUUGUUAAAAAAUAAAAAGGGGGGAUUGACCGAUAGAGAAUAUGCACAUAAACGCAAAAGCGAAACUAAAAAAACAUAUGUAUGCAAUAUGGCGCCACGCAGAGAAUUUCGAUUUAACCUUAAUUCAAUUAAAAUAUCAAAGAAAAAUACUAAAAAUUGGUACGAAAAUUAUUUAGAUUGGAGAAAAUUCAUUUCCUUAUUCACAGAUCCAAAAAAAUUAUUUUUGAUCGGAAGAUUAUUUAUUAUUUUGGAAAUUAUUGUGAAUAUAUUAGUUAUCGAAAAAGUACCAUAUACAGAAAUCGACUGGAAAGCUUAUAUGCAAGAAGUUGAAGGUUUUUUAAAUGGAACAUUGGAUUAUUCAAGAUUGAAAGGUGAUACAGGACCAUUAGUCUAUCCUGCAGGAUUUGUUUAUAUAUUUUCUAUAUUAUAUUUUAUUACGGAUCAUGGAACAAAAAUAAAAAUAGCACAAUAUUUCUUUGCAAUUCUUUAUAUCGUGCUACUUAUGUUGGUUUUCCGAAUAUACGCGAAAACUAAGAAAGUUCCUCCAUAUAUUUUGAUCAUUAUGUGUUGUACAUCUUAUAGAGUUCAUUCUAUAUUUGUUUUAAGACUUUUUAAUGAUCCAAUUGCAAUGAUAUUGUUAUUUGCUAGUCUUAAUGCAUUUUUAGAUGAUCAAUGGUAUUUAGGUAGUAUUUUUUACAGCAUGGCUGUGUCUAUAAAAAUGAAUAUUUUGUUAUUUGCACCAGCACUUUUUAUAGCUUAUAUAUGUAAUUUAGGAAUGAUCAAAACAAUAAUGCAUUUAUUUAUAUGUGCCUUAAUUCAAAUAAUUUUAGGUUUUCCUUUUCUCUUUCAUAAUCCAUUUGCAUAUAUAAAAGGUGCUUUUAAUUUUGGAAGAAUUUUUGAAUUUAAAUGGACUGUAAAUUGGAGAUUCUUACCAGAACAUGUUUUUAUUCAUCCAUAUUUUCAUAUAUCAUUGUUAAUCUUACAUAUAUUAACUUUAAUUUAUUGUAUACCAACAUGGAUAAAAUAUAUGAAAUCCUAUGCAAAAUUAAAGUAUAUGGAGAAAAAUCUACAACCUCAACUAAAAAAAAAAGAAAAAAUAGAUAUGUCUACAGUGAGUCAGUUGUUCAUUUUUCCAAUAUUUGCUGCAAAUUUUAUUGGUAUGACAUUUAGUAGAUCAUUGCAUUAUCAAUUUUAUAUAUGGUAUUAUCAUACAUUGCCAUAUAUUGCAUGGUGUACAGAUUACAAGACUGUAAUAAAAUUAACUAUUUUGGGUAUAAUAGAAUUAUGUUGGAAUAUUUAUCCAAGUACCAUUUUUAGCAGUAUUUCAUUACAUAUAUGUCAUUUGAUAUUAUUAUUUGGUUUUAUGAAUAAAAAAUGUACUAAUGAAAAAAGAAAAUAAAGCUUUUAAUACAAUAUA